CCGGCAACCACUGACUGAGAGGAUUGCAAAGCUUUAAUUUAAUGAUUUUAUAAUAAUUAAACUAAAGAACUAUUUCAUUAUAUUAUUAUAUUUAGAUUAUAAUGAAACGACAUAGUUACAUAGUAGAAUAACGGUUUUAAAAUUACAGGUAGGCCCUAAUUUUCAUUUCGGUUUUCCUCUUCUGUCUGAACUGUCUGUCUGAAAAGUGAAAAACUAUUAUUUUUAAAUUUUAGCAUCCGUGAAUGACUCAUACGAACGGCCUAGUCAGAAACUGUAUCUUGAGAUCGCCUAUGCCUAUGGUUUUAUAAAAGUGUUAAGUAAUGAUAAUAAAGAAAGCCGGUAAGAUUUUUUAAAUAAAUAUUUAAUUCAAUCAUUUUCUAAAAAUCGAAUUAUAUUGAAUUGAUUGAGCAGCCUAAGUUCGGCCUAAGCCUAGACAAUUCAUUAACAACAGUAAUUCAAGUAAUUAUUUUAAUUUAAUUGUUAUCGAGCUCAACUUGAUUUGAUUAGAGUUAGAGUUAGUACGCAAAGGGGAAAGCUAGAGACUAGAAGGGGGUAUGCUUUUACUAGGGGCAGGUGUAAUACUAAUACUUAUCUAUAAAAGACUCAACUUAUGUCAACUUAUGUCAUUUAUUUAUAUACUUAUUAGUUAUUAAUAUUAGUAGAUAACUUAUAAUAGCUAUAUUGGCUGUAUAUUAUAUAAUUAAUAGAUUAACAGUCAGCAAGGCCUAAUACUAAUAAUAAUUUAGGUUUUGUAAAUAAUAUAUUAGGCCUAUUCACUAUUCACUUUUAUUAUAGUUAUAAUAGUAUUUUUACAUUUUUAGUCUAGGGCUUAGGCCUAAUGCCUAAUAAUUUAAUGUUAGAAAUCAUUAUUAUUUAUUUGUUGUUUAGACAUACAAAGUGGGUAUUUGGACCCGGGUCCCAGAAGUCUGAGAAGUGGGAGGUUGGGAUUAAAAAUUUUUUUUUAAAUAUAAUAUAUAAUAAAUAUUAUUGUAGGGUUUUAAGUGUAAGACAAAAUUUGGUAUCAAAUGAAAGAUAAUUGAAUGGAUUAUAUGUUUGUAAACUUACUUCUUCAGAGAAACUUCAGUUUAACUAAAAUAAACUACCACAAAUGACAUCCGAUUAGCAUUGAGUCUAAAGGGACACGGGUUCAAUAGCGGCUAUGCGUGUCCGUGUAAUAAUGCUAUUCGGAUGUCAUUUGUGUUAGUUUAUUUUAAUUAAACUGAAGAAGUAAGUUUACCAAAAUAUAGUACAUUCAAUUAUCUUUCAUUUGAUACCUAAUUUUGUCUUACAAACCCUAUAAUAAUAUUUUUAAUAUUUAUUAAUUAACCUAAACUCUCACUUCUUAUACCCGGGUCCGAAUAGCCGCAGCCUUAGACUUAUAAUAAAAUAUGAAACAGAUGAAAUUAAAAUACUUAAUUCCUGAAGAAGUUAAAGUUAGCCUUGGAUAAAAAUUAAGGUUUAGAAUUAGAUCAGCUUUGCAUACAUAAUGUUAGGUUAGUUGCAAGCCCAGUGAUUCUGUAUAAUAUUAACUGUUACCUAACUUAAAGUUUAAGGUUAUAGUAUCGUUAAACUAAUUAAACUUAGACGUAAAUAAAAUAAUUUUGCCCAGUAGGCGUAAGGAUCAUGAAAAAUUAAUCUCAUGUGCCAUCAAACCCAAGGCUCAACCUAAAGGAGAUAUGCCAUGAUAUGGACAUUGUUGGUUAGAUUAAAAAAAGACAUAGGACAAUACCUUAUAGGCAUAGUGUAUAACUUUACAGUCAGUAGUAGGAUAAGACACAAGCUUAUUAUUAAGCGUGGAAUUACUUAAAUUGGCCUCUUCAACAAUAAUAUUAAUAAUGAAUGUUCCUUAUCCAUCAAAUCUAUUAUUUUUCUAGGUUUUGGUGAGUUUUAUAACUUGUCCAGGGCUCUACAAUGUACAAGAUAUUAAAAAGGCUGGGCAGUGGAAGCUUUGCACAAGUCUAUCUCUUGAAAACUGCUGAUGGAAAAGAAGUAUGUCUAUGGAACUUCAUUUUUCUGAAAAUUAGUGAGAGUAAAGUUGUGGAAGCAUGCAAUAGCACUGCAUAGCUAUACAUCUUAUAUUCCUAAGCCCGUUGCCCUAGCAUAGGUUAAGAGGCUCCAUACUACAUAAAAAAACAGAAUAUAUAAAUUAAUGGCAAUGUGCAUUUAAUGGCUUAUAACAUAAACUGUUUAGUUCUGCUGUAUUUUUGGUUAAAUAUUAAGUUGGAUUUUAUGUAUUAUUAACUUUUGUUUAUCCUUAAUAACACUUACAUUUUUUUUUCAGUAUGCGCUGAAAGUUUCUGAUACAAGCAAGCUGAAAGAUGUCUCAGACAAGGAUGUGAACUCUGAAGCUAAAUUGAUGAUGAAGCUUGGACAUCCAAACCUGGUACAGUGCUGUGCAUUCUGUUCAAUCAACAGUCACCUGUACCUUAUCACAGAGUGGUGUCAGUACGGAUCCCUUAAAGACUACCUCAAGAGAAAAGCAUCUGCGAAAAGUCAUGUUCCAGAGGAGAGAGUUAUCCUCUGGCUGGGGCAGAUGGCUGAUGUUUUACGUGUAAGCUUCAUUGAAUAUAUUCCUUGCAAAAGCAUCAUUUGAAUUAUGUUAUUUGGUGUCAUCUUGAAAAAAUAGAAUUAAUUAUUCAGGGCUAAAAAAUGUAGGUUAAGAUGUAAAUAAAAAUUCAAAUUAUAAAUUUUUUUAAAAAGAUUCUGUGUUUAUAUAAAAAUAGUAAGGGUUUCUCAUUAUUUUAAAAGCAUGGCUAUGUAUUAAAGGAUAUAUGUAAUAUAAGCUUGACUUUAGAUAUAGGCUAAUUAUUUUAAAAACUUAAUCAACUGGGGAUGGCAUUUAGUUUAAGCCCUUUAACUUGCUCCUUGUACUGUUUUGACUCAGUUCAAGCUUUAACAUACAGUGUGCUUUAUAUAUCCUUUGUUCUGCUAAAAUAUCUUUUUCCACUAUAUUAGGAGUGCACUUGUACUAAUUCUUGUAUUGAUUAUUCUACCUUGGUAGUGGUCUUGCAUGUCAUUAUUUCCUGUGAAAUAUUACAGUAUCUGCAUGCCAGUAAAAUAGUUCAUAGGGAUAUUAAGACCGAUAAUAUCUUUCUGGAUGACAGACAAAAUGUUAAAAUUGGUGACCUGGGAAUUGCCAGGUGAGGAAAAGAUGAUUUAACAAAGAUAUUUUAUUUAAACUUUCUUAUUAAUUGUUUUAAAAAAUAUUCAAUAAAUAAGGUUUUAAAUCACGUUUUUAAGAUUUAAAUAAAUAUGUAAAUUUUAUAUCCAAAUCUUUUUGUCCUUAAAUAUAUCUGUAUAGUACAUCACAUUUUAUGAUAAAUACAUUGUUUUUUUUUCCCCAGAGAAUUAGAUUUUACAAUCCAGUAUGCAGAAACAUUCAUUGGUAGUUAUAUCUACAUGAGUCCUGAAAUAUUAAAAACUUCGCGUUACACUACAAAGGUACAGCUACACUUUUAAUAGUUCUCAUUUGAAUUAAUAUAAAAUUAAAAUUUAUUAUCUUUAAUUUGUUUUAAAUUGAAGUACUAAACAUUUGUUACAUACCGUUGUCGGAUUAGAGAAUUUAAUCUCAUAUUUGUCUAAUGCUUCGUUGACAAACAAUACAAAAGAUAGGAACAUACACACACGGUAAAUAAACAAAUAUUUUUCUCGUAAUGUGGAUAGCAAAUAUUUCUGCCGUAACAGUGAUAAUAAAAUAUCUCUCUAUGCAUAUAUAUAGCCUGUUUCAGAGACAUUUCUCAAGUGGGCUUACACAUUGAAUUCCUUUCCUGAUUUGUCUUGAUAUUUCUAUAGGAUUCUAAUAAUACAGGCUAUAGAUUUUAUUUAGUUGUAAACAAGGUCAAGGAGACUAUUUUUAUUUAGCCACACCCUAUAAGCAGCACCGAACUUGGGGUCAUCUAAAGUUAAUUCACGUGAAAGAUGACGUAAAUGUGUUGUCUACAUACAAAUUAAAUACAUUGAAUUAUUCAUAUUUGUAAAUUUAAAAAAAACUUAUUCAUAUGCACUUUAUAUUUUCCAAAAAUGUCAGACUGAUGUUUGGAGCUUGGGCUGUGUAGUUCAUGAGGUGAUGACCCUAUGCCCUACUUUCAGUGGAAUCAGCAUUCAUGAUGUAAUGAAUAAAAUCACAAAAUGCAAGGUACUUAUGACCCUUUUCUUUAUGCGGUUGACAUGAGAUUGGAAUUUAUUUUACAGAUUCAAGUUUGAUUUUUAUUUUUCAUGGCAAUAAAAAUCAUAACAUAUUUUAAUUCAUUUAUACUAAUAAUUAAUAAUACUAAUUAAAGUUUACCAUAAAGUCUAGAGGGGUCAAAUAGUUUUGUGUUUUGACAGAUUGAUCCAAUGCCCAACAUAUACAGUCUCAUCCUUCAACAAUUGGUGCGCACUAUUUUAGAAGUCAAUCCUAAAAAACGACCAGAUGCAACAGAUGUUCUUUUCUAUGUCUGUGUAAGUGGAAUUUCUCAUCCUAAAAAAUUAACUCUAGUACUUAUCAAUUUUUAUUAUUUUUAAAUAUAUUGUGAAAUGGGUAAGGAAUCUUAUGUAAUUAAAAAAUAUUUAUUUUUCAAUAAAAUGUAAAAAAGAAAAAAAAAGCAGCGAUUUCUUCUAAGAAAUAUUUUUAAAUUCACUAUUUAUUUUCUAAAUAUUCUAUUCGGUCAGAUUUCUUUGCGAGUAUGAGAAAAGUUUUCUUAUGGUCUAAAUUUUUUAAGGCAGGAAUGUCAACAAAAUCUUAGAAAGGCGUUUUAAUAUUUUUUAUAUUUAGGUGGGGUUUUUUUAGGGGUGGGGGGGAGAAGAGGGAGGGGGUAUCCAAUACCCCUGUCAUCUUAGUGUCAGUGUAGUGUGUCAAACAUAUCUGAAAGAAAGCAGGUUUGAAUUUAUCUAGCAUCACUCUAGUAAAAUUGGCAGAAAGUAAAGCCCUUAGUUAAAGAACCUGAACCACCUGUAGGGGCUUGGCAUUGAAACUCACCUGCCCACUCUACCUCAACACACAUAGAAAUAAAGCAAGGUGUCAAACAUAACAAUAAAGUUUUGAAUCUUAAAAGUAUUUUUUCUUUUGUUUCUAAAUAUGACAUUGAUCUUUUCUAUUUUCUCUUUGCAGCAAAUUCAAGGCAGACCAUUUGUUUCUGACCAGUUUAAAAGUUUAGAUAAGUUCAUGGUUGACAGCAAUUUGUUACAGCAAGCGGUGCGAGAUUUCGAAGAGAAAUCUGGCCCUAACACUACAAGUCAUCUACCAGAUAUUCCUCAACGUCCACUGCCUCAUCCACGCCCACAAAAAUUAAAUCAUGAAGAUGUGAUCAUGCCGGCCUUGGUGGAUAAAACUGGUAAUCAUCGUCAUCAAAAUUCCAAUCUCAAAUUAUACGAGAAUGAAAGCGAACAUUUUAGCUAUUCUAAGAGUAACACUGCAUCGAAAUCACCCAAGCAGACCAGCAUGCUGCAUUCUUCAGCCUCAUCACAACAAGAAACAGUGUAUUCAACAGGAAGUAGUACAUUACAUGAUGACGAGUGGACAAUUUUGGAGCCUGAGACUUCCACUUUGAUACCUUCCACUAUGGGUAAUGAUUUAAACUAUAGCAUUAGAAUACCUUCCACUAUAGGUAAUGAUUUAAACUAUAGCAUUAGAAUACCUUCCACUAUGGGUAAUGAUUAAAACUACAGCAUUAGAAUACCUUCCACUAUGGGUAAUGACUUUAACUACAGCAUUAGAAUACCUUUUACUAUGGGUAAUGAUUAAAACUACAGCAUUAGAAUACCUUCCGCUUUGGGUAAUGAUUAACUGCUAAAGAUUUUAAUAUGUAUUAAAUAGGCUGAUUGUGAGAAUAAUUAAGUCUUGUUACAUAGCAUAAACAUAACUGUACAGGAAUACAUUGUUGUUUUUUUUUAAAUAAUUGAUCUCAUUACGCUGAUGCAGUGCAAAACCUAGUUUAGGUCUGCCACGUCACUGUAAGACUUAUAAGUUUUAAUGUAAGUAUAAUAAGCAAAUCAAUGCGGGGGUGGGCAUACACUUUAUACCCUCUCCUCUCAUUAAUCUCUGCUCUUUUUGUGUUAAUAAAUUGGGCUUUGAUUUUGUUUAACGAAAUUGGCAUUCAGAGCUCAUUACAGUUUAUCUUCUGCAAAAUUUAGGCUACACCGCUGCAUUUUAAUAGAUCUUAUGUAUCCAGGAUGAUUUAUUUGGCAACAAGAAAGUGAUUUUUUUAUUUACACAUAUAUUAAUUGACCAACUGCUCUUGUUCUAGUGUUUUAUAAAAUGUUCAAUCAGACAACCAGUUCAUGGAAAAGCUUGCUGAAGAGUCUGCCCAGUGGCUGAGGUCAAGGUUAGGUCCUAAAAAACUAUCUGACAAGGUAAAUAGAACUUCAGCUAAAUCUCCCUUACUUACUAAACAUCUCAAUAUAUCCCCAUAUUUAUUUCAUGACUUUUGUUGUGUUACAUUAGAAAUUAGCUGUCCAGCCAGGCUCACACAAAACAAAAAUAGAUAGGUGUCAUUAAAAAAAACUAUCUUUUUAAAUGCAGAUGCAAAAAUAUCUUAAAGAUGAUGCAUCCUUUGAUUUUAUUGUUCAUAUUAAUGACAUUACACUGACAGGAUUCUCAUUUAUUUAUUAUGUACAUUUUAAUGACAUUACACUGACAGGAACCUCAUGUAUUUAUUUUUUACAUAUUAAUGAUAUUACAGGAAUCUCAAGAGAUCAAAGGCAAUGAUUCCACAUCAGAUUCAGAAAAUUCUGUUACUCUGUACACACGAGCUCAGAGAGUCACUUUCAAGAAGGACAAAAAAGAACAAACCACCCCCGAGUAAGUUAUCUGUUGUGCCAGUACUUAGAGCCACCACAUCUCAGUACUUACAGCCACCACAUCUCAGUACUUACAGCCACCACAUCUCAGUACUUACAGCCACCACAUCUCAGUACUUACAGCCACCACAUCACAGUCCUUACAGCCACCACAGCUGAAAACAUGUUCAUGCUAUUUAUCUGAUAUUAAUUUGUUUCUAAUCAAUGAUGCACCUUAGCCACUACAGAUAGAAUUUUAGUUGAAAUGCAUGUUUCCUGCAUCAAUGUUUAACAAAAAUAACCAUUUAAAUCUUUUUAAAACUUAUUAUUCUCUUGUAUUUACAAAAAAAUUUAUUUUUUUAUUAAUGUGGUCAAAUUUAGUACAUUUUGAAGUUUGUCUUAAAUCUUAAUUCAUUUCAGUCACUGUGAUAUAACGCAAGAUGUCAUUGAGGCAGCCAAGAGUGUCAUAAAGUUGUAUGGCCGCAAAGAUCCAAACACAAUGGAGGUGAACGCUGUCCUUCUCAUAUUACAAAAAAGAUUUCUAAAACUAAUGGAUAAUACAGAACGCACUUUGACAUUUAAAGCAGAAAUGAAAAACCCAUCCCCUGUAAAACUACACCUUAACUUCUUAGACACCUGAAAAAAACAUCUAAAAAUCUCAAAUAACUCAUGGAAAGUCUUAUGUACUUGUUAUUUCACUAGUGACAAAUUUUAUUCCCCCUAAGAUUAUUCAUUAUAUCACAUCCAACCUUGAACUUUAUUUUGUUUUUUAGGGAUUUAAAUAACACCUUAGCUCCAUUAAAAAGAAAUAAUGUCUAAAAUGUGUAAGUUAACAAUCGUCUCAUCCCUUAAUUAUACCCCAAGACCAACUUAAUAAAUUAUAAUAAGUAUAACAACUUAAAAUUCAUCAGCUACCGGUACAUGAAAUAUUACCACCAAUGUCACAUGUGUGUCAGCUUCUAUUCCACAGAUAACAAAACACUGGGCCUUUUUUUUUUCUUUACUGAAGAAAUUAGGCUUUGAAUUAUAAAAAAAUAAUAAUAGAGAAUUGUGUUGAGAAAUGUACUUGUGAAUUUCAGAUGAUGCUAAUCAAGGUUUUGGGACAUAGAGAUUUCACAGUGCAUGGCAGGGCUUUAGUGAAUCAAGUUCUACAACAAGAAAGAGUUAACUGAAAGAAUUAGAAAGACUGUCCAAUAACGAGUUAGAAACAAAGAGUCACCUGAGAUAGUUGGAGACUUACAAUAACAGCUAGACAGCUGCAAGUACCAUCAAGCGAUGAAUACAUUUUACAGCCAUUGACCUCAGGAAUAUAUCAAUUAAAACCAACCAUGACCUCUAGCUAAGAUGCAUGUAAUUAGGGCAAUCACCUGAUUAUUUAUGAUGCGGAGUCCCAUAUUUUUAAUUCGUUAAAAAUAUUUUAGCCACAUCUGUUUAUUUCAAAUAUUUGCCAACUGAUCAGAAUUCACUUUCAUUUCCACUUCUUUUUAAAAAUAACCACAGGUUUUCUUUAUUACGGAUCUUUGGCUCUUGUUGAUAAAGACUAGCACUGAAUCAUCACUUAGCUCAGAUAUGUGAUCACGAAAACAUAAAAAUCAUCAUGUUGUUUUGCCUUUCUUUGCAUUUGAUUUAAUGUUGUUGAACUGCUGUAAUGGAAAGUAUUUUUAUUGGUCACUCAAAAAUGAAUUGUCCAUUUAUCAUUUGAAAACCUAUUUUAUUAUUUUUUAUAUAAACUGUUAUAAAGCUGUGGAUCUUAAACUAUCAAAUAUAUGUUGUUUGCAUUUACUGUAAAUUAUGUUAACUUGCCUUUUUUGUGGCUUUAUUGACUUUACAUUAGAAGCAAAUUUACAUGGCUUUGUCCUAAUGUUGGAAGUAAUGAAUGUAAUUUAUUUUGCUUUAAACAAUCAUAAUUGUAUUUUCAGUUAGCAUCAAUUAACAUUUAGAUAGAAUCCAGUUUAAACCAUCCUACACGUUUAUGAAAGGUUAAUGCAAAUUUUAUUCUCUGUAAAAAUGGUUUAAAGUUGUGUUGUGUUUGAUAAUAUUGAUAUUUGCAGGGUGACUGACAGCUGUUUGUUAGUUUAUGUGAUGUAAACGUUUUACAAGUGCCAAGUGAAAUGUAAUGAUAUAAACAUAAACUGAUAAAACAAUUAGCAAAGUAUUUUUAUUGAUAAUGUGUUUUAUAUUUUUAACAGUGCUUAUGAAAAAUUUUACUUUGAAUCUCAAAUAAUUAUGUAUCACUAGGUGAUCUGAAGUUCAAUCCAUCCACACAUUCUAAAGAUUUUUUUUUAAUAAAGUUUUCAUAUUCUAAUAUUUAAAUAGUUUUUUUAACAAUUUACAAAAUGUUGGAAUCAAGAAUUUCAAAUAAAAGCUGAUAUUGAAAUUGUGUCUGUAUAAAUUUAAAUUUUAAUGCUUUGUGUUGGUGUAUAUAGAUAUACAUUCCAGUUUAGAUUAGAUUAUUCAUGACCAGUUAUGAACAAAUAACAGAGCUUUGCAGUUGAUGUUAGCCAUUUGCCUUGAAGCCAAGGUAUUAAAUUGCUCAAACUCUGACUCUUAAAUGACAGCUGGAAUAUUUUGUAUAGAAACUCUAAUAAAUUGAAACAAACAAGUGAAUGAUGGAGUUGACCGAAAAAAAAAAUGAAUUAUGAUGUACAGUUGUCAAUAUCAAGUAAUAAGCAAUUUUGUGUUGAAUUUCUUUCAAAAUAACAGUGACUUACACACUGAUAACUGCACUCUCACUCUCAGUGAGCAGAUUUCAUGAACACAUUAUCAUUGAUUAAACUAAUUAUCUUGCACAUGGAUUAGUAUGACUUUAUAAUUAAUGGAUUGAAAAUAAAAAGAAGA